AUGGCGGGUGUUAGCUUACGUGAAUGACGGCGACCGCGACGGAGAUAUUCGCCGAGAGCCAGUGUACCGUGUGUGUUCCGCGAGCCGGGAAACGCUCGAGUUGGUGGUCAUAUGACUCAUCCGGAAGGUAAAGAUGCAGAAUGUAGCACAAGAAACGACCUCGGAUAGCCAGAAGCACGAGAAACCGAGCGUUCACCACGACAUCGAGAAGACGUCGUCGACUCCGCAGUCCUCGAACUCGAGCCCCACGAAGUCGGAGACCGAGACCUUCUCGGAGCUGCAGCCGCGCUUUAUGACAGACUCGUCGGAGAGCGAGGAGGACAGCGUCUCGGAGGUGGAGUGUUUUGCGAUCGAUCAGGCCGAGUUGGACGAGGAUCACCACCUGGAGACGUCUAAAUUCUUGUUGGCUCCCGAAGAUCCGGAGCGAUCUGUCGACCCCGAGACUCAGGCUCGUUUGGAGGCUCUUCUGGAGGCAGCCGGUAUCGGCAAGUUGGCGUCUGGCGAUGGAAAGCAUCUGGCAGAUCACGAAGUGCUUCGUCGUUUGACGUCCAGUGUCUCUUGUGCUUUGGAUGAGGCGGCAGCCGCAUUGACGCGUAUGCGUAGCGAUAAUCGUAUCCAGAACGAGAAGCGCUCUCUGGUGGAGGCUUGCACCGACGGUGACGUCGGCACCGUACGGAAACUCCUGACCGAAGGGCGCAGCGUACACGAGACGACCGAGGAAGGAGAGAGUCUGCUCUCCCUUGCAUGUUCCGCUGGCUAUUACGAGCUUGCGCAGGUAUUGCUCGCAAUGAAUGCCAACGUGGAAGAUCGAGGCAUCAAGGGGGAUUGUACCCCCUUGAUGGAGGCAGCGAGUGCGGGACAUGUGGACAUUGUGAGCUUACUCAUAGCUCACGGUGCCGAUGUCAAUGCUCAGUCGACAUCAGGGAACACGCCUCUCAUGUACGGCUGCGCUGGCGGUCACGAAGAAGUGGUGCGAGUCCUACUGGAAGCAGGCGCCAAUGUGGAGGAUCAUAACGAGAAUGGUCACACACCUCUGAUGGAAGCAGCCAGUGCCGGACACGUUCCAGUGGCAAAGAUCUUGCUGGAACACGGCGCUGGCAUCAAUACUCAUUCCAAUGAAUUCAAAGAGUCCGCUUUGACAUUGGCCUGUUAUAAGGGACACCUGGACAUGGUACGAUUCCUCUUGGAAGCUGGAGCCGAUCAGGAACAUAAAACCGACGAGAUGCAUACUGCCCUUAUGGAAGCAUCCAUGGAUGGCCACGUGGAGGUUGCCAGGCUCCUCUUGGAUUCUGGUGCCCAGGUGAACAUGCCAACGGAUAGCUUCGAGUCACCGUUGACCCUGGCAGCUUGCGGAGGGCAUGUUGACCUGGCCAUGCUGCUGAUCGAGAGGGGAGCGAACAUCGAGGAGGUUAACGAUGAAGGCUACACCCCUCUCAUGGAGGCGGCAAGGGAAGGCCACGAAGAAAUGGUUGCCUUACUUCUGAGUCAAGGAGCCAACAUCAAUGCUCAGACGGAGGAGACUCAGGAGACAGCCCUUACGUUAGCUUGCUGCGGUGGCUUCCUGGAGGUCGCGGACUUCCUGAUAAAGGCCGGGGCGGAUAUUGAGUUGGGUGCGUCGACGCCUUUAAUGGAGGCUGCUCAGGAGGGACACUUAGAUCUUGUCCGAUACCUCUUGGAGUCCGCUGCGGAUGUCCAUGCGCAGACUCAAACUGGAGACACUGCGUUGACCUAUGCUUGUGAGAACGGCCAUACCGAUGUUGCCGAUCUCCUUCUGCAGUUUGGCGCUGACCUGGAACACGAAUCCGAGGGCGGUAGAACACCACUCAUGAAGGCUUGUAGGGCCGGUCACCUUUGUACAGUGCAGUUUCUUAUAACUAAGCGCGCGGAUGUUAAUCGGCAAACUACGAACAAUGAUCAUACCCCUCUUUCGCUGGCUUGCGCCGGAGGACAUCGUGCAGUCGUCGAACUACUUCUCGCGCAAUCUGCCGAUCCAUUCCAUAAAUUAAAGGAUAACUCCACCAUGCUGAUAGAGGCAUCCAAGGGUGGACAUACGUGUGUUGUUCAACUUUUGUUGGACUACCCUCAUAGCAUCAUGAUGAGUACUCCCCAUACCGCUGCGCCUGCUCCCAUGCUGCUGCCCCAACAACCGCAGCAACAACCGCAGCAACAACAGCCGCAGCAACAGCCGCAGCAACAACCGCCACAGCAGCAGCAGCAGCAACCUCCUCAGCAGCAGCCGCAGCCGCAGCAUAUUACUCAUCAGCAGCUUCCACCUCACCAGCAGCAGACGCCCACCCAACAGCAGCAGCAGCACCAGCAACAGCAGCAGACCACCGAGCAGCCUCAGGUCCAGAACUUACAGCCUAAGCACAACACCCAGAAGUCGCUGUUAAGGACAAACCGUUCGGUCACCAUGAUGCCUGACAUGAGCCUCACCUCCGCCGAAGCGCAGCAGGUUCGCACGCAACCUGCAGGCGAGGCCGUGGCCACUGCCAAGGACGACACCAAUAUCCUCGACAAGGGAAGUGGAGGUUUUACCAGCCUCUCCGAGCCCAACAUCAGCCUCAGUCCCGUGCCGACCCAAGCUCCUCCUCCGGCUACCACCGCAGUCGCCACCACUACCACCACCAACUCCGAGAGCAGGAAGAUCACCCGGCAGGAGCAGAUCCUCCAGAAGCAGCAGAUCCUCGAGGAGUUGCAGAGGGUGGAGCGGGAGCUGCAGACUAAGGGCGCGGGUCAGCUGUUCCUGGGAUCGUCCGGCACCGCCGCAGAUGCCAUUGCUGUUCCUCAACAGAUGCAACCGCAGCAAGACUCCGCUGAUGCCGACGCACUGCUACCCGGCAUGCUCAUCCACGAGCUGCCCGCCCAGUCGACGGCUUCUCAAGGGAUGUUUUGCGACACAGCGGGGAUAUCCGGGAGUAUACCGUCGCGUCACUUGAUGUCGAGGGCCAUGGAUACCUACAAUGCGUACCUAGAAGGGAAGAGGGCCGUCAAGGAGAUAUUUCUGAAGGAGGCCCAACGGCAGAUGACCCGGGUACCGACCUUCGCCGAGACCUUCCCACCCUCGAGCAACUUCCCUGCCAUGCCGCCGCUAUCCCUCGCCCCCAUGCCCGUAACGUCGACGGUCGCGAUGACGACCGCGAAUUCCUCGACGACUCCCACCCUGAGCCCGCCCAGCGUCCCGACGCCGCCGGCGGUGGCCACGGUCUCUCAGCCGAUCACCGCCAGCAGCGACGUCAGCCAGAACACCGCGAUCAGCGACCGGCCGAAGGCCAAGCCCGUCUCCAAGAAGGAGGGGAAGAACAUCCGGAAGGCCGUCUCGGCCGCGGCGACCGGGAAGCUGCAGCAACAGCAGGUCACCAUCAUGGCCGGGCUACAGCACCAGUACCAGCAAAAGCAGCUGCAACAUACCAUCCAGGUCCAACAUCUGCAGCAACUCAACGAGCAACUGCAGCUCCAGCUCGACCAAGUGCAGGUGCAGCAACAGCAGCAGCAGCAACAGGGUGGUCUCCCAGGUGGUAGUGGAGGCGGCGUCCUGAUGCCGACCCAGCUGAUGGCCCACCUCCACCCCACUCAUACCCACCAUCUUCACGAACAGCAAGCUCCUCAGCAAGGACUCCCGGACCAGAUGGACCCGGAGAUAGCGAGGCUCCACCGCGACGGGACGUGUCCGUUCUUCGCGGCCGCUCAGAAGAAGUACCCGGAGAGCCACCUGAAGCUCGAGGACGGCACCCAGAUCCCCUUCGACGAGGUUACCGAGAUAUUCGAGUCCAUCAGCUUCGACGACGUUCCGAAUGCCACGGAAGAUCAGGAGAAGCUCGAGUUGAAGAACUUGGACAUUCCCGCCAGUAAAGACCAGACGCAGCAGCAACAGCCGCAGCAGACUCAGCAACCGGUCCAGCAGCUUCAGCCUCAGCAGCAGCAACCCCAGCAGGCUCAGCAACCGACCCAACAGGUCCAGCAACAGGCUGGACAGGUUGUUGCUCAACAAGUUCCCGGUCAUCAUGCCUCUCGGGAAUAUUUCGCUGUUCCUGUCGCUUCCGUUUCCUUGCCUGCCCUGCCCUCCCUGCAGGUCACGAACUCCGGCGUACAGAUCCAAGCGGACAUAUCCACCGGGCUACAGUUAACGAGCGCACUGCCUCCCCAGAGUCAAAUCCUCUCCGAGUUCUCCUCACCCACUUACCCGCUGGGAUUCUGCGAGGCCAUCGAGAGCCUGAGGAAUGAGUCGCAGCUGUUUCUACAGUCCUCGCAAUUAGUUCAAUCCUUACCGACCGUUAACGACGCCUUGGCGGUGAUAGAUAAUAUACCUCAGCCGUCCAACGGCUACGCCCAGUCGACGACGUGCAACACCCACCAGGUGCAAGUGGCCACGCAGACCCAGGCGCCGGCGGCCACGACCAUCGCGACCGUGGCCGCUCCCGACAAGAAGCAGGUAUACACCGCGCCUGCUGCCGGAAAGGGGAAAAAGGCGCGAUAUCCUCCUCUGUCCCAGCAACAGUCCUGCCAGCAACAGUCCACCGCGACCGCUCAGCAGCAGACGGCCAACUUUCCCACCCAGAACUACCAGUUGGACCCUGCCGCAGUGUCCGGACAGUACACGACGGGUGUUCCCACGGUCGGCGGGUACGCUGCCAACCAGGUGCCACCGGCUCCGUUUUCUUGUAUGGACGUCGACUCCGAGACGGACAGCAACCACGACACGGCGUUGACGUUGGCCUGUGCCGGUGGCCACGAAGAGCUGGUCGAGUUGCUGCUGAGUCGGGGCGCGGAUAUCGAGCACAGGGACAAGAAGGGCUUCACGCCGCUGAUCCUGGCGGCAACGGCCGGCCACCAGAAGGUCGUCGAGAUCCUGCUGAACCACGGGGCGGACAUCGAGGCUCAGUCGGAGAGGACGAAGGACACUCCGCUGUCUCUAGCCUGCAGCGGAGGAAGGUACGAGGUCGUCGAGCUGCUCUUGAACCGCGGGGCUAACAAGGAACACCGGAACGUCUCCGACUAUACCCCUCUAAGUCUGGCCGCUUCGGGGGGAUACGUCAACAUCAUCAAGCUCCUCCUUAGCCAUGGCGCCGAGAUCAACUCCAGGACCGGUUCCAAGCUGGGCAUCUCUCCGCUCAUGCUCGCCGCUAUGAAUGGACAUACAGCGGCGGUCAAAUUGCUGCUGGACAUGGGCAGCGACAUCAACGCCCAGAUCGAGACGAACCGCAACACCGCGCUGACCCUCGCUUGCUUCCAAGGCAGACACGAGGUCGUCAGCCUCCUGCUCGAUCGCAAGGCCAACGUGGAGCACCGUGCCAAGACGGGACUGACACCCUUGAUGGAGGCUGCCAGUGGGGGGUACGUCGACGUCGGCCGCGUUCUGCUCACCAAGGGGGCCGACGUCAAUGCGACGCCUGUACCUUCUUCCCGGGACACCGCUUUGACUAUCGCCGCCGAUAAGGGUCACUGCCGUUUCGUAGAAUUAUUGUUGUCGAGGGGAACCCAGGUCGAGGUGAAGAACAAGAAGGGGAACAGUCCACUGUGGCUGGCGGCUAACGGUGGACACCUCAACGUCGUGGAUUUACUUUACCACGCCGGCGCAGAUAUCGACUCCCAGGAUAAUCGAAAGGUGUCUUGUCUGAUGGCCGCGUUUCGGAAGGGCCACAUCAAGGUGGUCAAGUGGAUGGUGAACCACGUGACCCAGUUCCCGAGUGACCAGGAGAUGACGAGGUACGUCGCGACGGUCAGCGACAAGGAGCUGCUGGAGAAGUGCCAAGAGUGCGUGAAGAUCAUCAGGGCGGCCAAGGAGACCCAGGCUGCCAAGGCGAACAAGAACGCGACCAUCCUCCUCGAGGAGCUCGACAUGGAGAAGACCAGGGAGGAGUCGAAGAAGGCCGCCGCGGCGCGCAGGAGGGAGCGGAAGAAAAAGAAGAAGCUCGAGAAGAAGGAAGAGAAGCGGAAGUUACACGAGGAUAACAAGAAGAAUGAGACCAUUUAUGAGGACAAGGAGGACGGGAAGAAGUCCGGGGACGAGGACGGAGACAGGGGCGACGACAGCGAGCACGAGGGCGGCGACAGCUGCGAGCGCAUGGACAACGUGCCUUCUCCCGUCAACCGGAGCCCCGAAGACCCCGACAAGGAAGAGGGCGACAGCGGGAUCGAUGCCAAUAGCCAAGGGAGCUGCAGCAGCAACGACGUCAAGGCUAGGGAGAAGAAGAAAGACAAGAAGAAGAAGAAGAGUAACAGCCCUAGCAGCAACGAGAAGGAGACCUCGCCCCACAGGUCGCCCAAGGCCGUCCUCAUCCCGAACACGAGUAUAGCCCAGAAUGCGAUCACGCCCACCAAGGCGCAGAACACCGCCUCGGAAAAAAGAACGACCGCGAACACGGUCAGCAACGUCCCUAACUCCUCGUCGACCGUCUCCAACGCCAGAGCGGCGACAUCUGCCGCGAACAGUUCGAACGAAAGGAAACUCAAGGGCCAGCUGGUGUUCGAGUCGACCAGGCAUCCGGCAGAGAGGGAGGACUUCGAGGCGACCGGCAACGAGACCUACAUGCCCGGCAAGGGCAAGAAAUCCUACAGCAAUCAAUACGAAGGCGACUCGCUGAACACCUCGUCCAAGUCCACCAGCUCCACCAGCCCUAAACAAGCUGGGAAGCGAGAGGAGGGCUGGAAGGAAGUCGUUAGGAAGGGACAGUCGGACGACUCCGGGAGGUACAUGAACUCGCCGUUCCGCUCGAAGAAGGUGUCCGUUCCGCCGAACGCCAUCAGCAGGGUCAUCGGCAGAGGUGGCAGCAACAUCAACGCCAUCCGGGGCGCAACGGGCGCGCACAUCGAGGUGGAAAAGCAGAGCAAGUGCCAGGUAGAAAGGAUCAUCACCAUCAGGGGCUCGUCGGACGCCACCAAGCAGGCGCACACCCUGAUAGCCGCCCUCAUCAAGGACCCGGACGUCGAUAUCCUGCAGAUGCUCCCCAAGUCUAAGCUCACCGUCGUCACGUCCUCCUCCUGGGACAAGACCAUUCCCAGCAUUGCGGCGAACGCGAAGACGAAGCUGGGGCCAGUGAACAAGCCGGCUAGCCUGGUGUCUAGUACCGGUGGCUCUCAGGCGAACAAGACGGGGUACACGGCCGGCGUGUCGUCCGUCAGUCAAUUGUUGCCACUUCGUUCUUCCUCUACUAUCAAACUUGCGGGAGCUUUCCCAGCUCCCUUGCCAAGGGCCACGGCGCCUAGACUCGCUGCCGCAGCGGAGAAACGCGCGCAAGCGGUCGCCGCUGCGCAGCUGGCUUCCUCGACGAACACGAAGACGACCAUGUCCUACACGAGCGCCAUCAUGACGGCGGGCCGGGCGACGAAGAUCGCCACGACGAGCACGACGCAGACCUUCGCGGCGAAGCUGUCCGAGAUCACCGCGUCGACGCACACCUCGACGACGGUGAUGCAGUCGAGCCACCCGGGAGGCACCAAGCAAAAGCCGAGCCAGGCGAACACGGUUACCGUGAUGUCCUCGUCGACGGCGCCGGCUACGCCGCAGACCUCUCCCCAGCAGGUCGCGGCGAACUCCUCGCCGAAACACUGCCGACCACUGCCUACCCUCUCGGCGCCGCCGACCAUGUCCUCGCACUACCAGGGGAAGGCGACCUACUCGUCAGGGUCUUCGACUCCCGGAGCGGCGGCGCCCACGGCGACCUCGAACGGCCCCGAGGUCGGCCCCUCGGUGACGAUGACCCUGACCUCUUCGGGGUCGGUUCGCGUGACCCCCUCGCCUCCGGUAUCCACUGCAACGGUAGCUGCCGUCUCCCAGGCUCAAGGCUCCACCCUGCAACAACAGCAGCAACAGCAACAGCAGCAACAACAACAACAGCAGCCGCAACAGCACCAACAGAUGCGCAGCUCCACUCCCAUCGCACCUUCUUCCGGGUCCAUGCAAGACCAGCAACAACAGCAACAGUCCAAUAGCACGCCCCUAGAGUACUCGCUCUUCAACGAUACCUUCACCAAGGUCACUCAGCAGUCCAUGUGGGGUGGGCGGGAGAACGAAUCUCAGAAGGGCAUGAACUUUGCUACCGUCGCUGGUGGAGGGGUCUCCGUUAAUACAUCCGGAUCCUCCUCCAACAAGUUCAUCGACAGCGUGCCGCCGCAGGUGGACGCGUCUAAGGCGCCCGGGUACAGAGGUACGAGCAUGUGCUCGCCGGUGUCGAGCAAGUCUGGGGGCACGAGCAGCGGGGUGUCGCCCUCGGGGGUGCACAACCCGAUCCAGCCGCCGCAGUUCCAGACCUCCGUGGGGUACAACGAGCACCAGCUGCCGAACAAGCUGCCGGGGGGUAGUCUGGCGGUGGCGCGGCCGGUUAUGGCGCAGCAAAACCUGGAUAUGGGCGCGGGGAUGACGCAGUUCAACCGGCAGGUGUUCCAGGGGGAGAUGGGCUCCCGGAACGCGGCGGCGAGCCACCAGCCGCACGCCAUGUCCUCGGGCUCGCAGCCCGGGCUGGACGUGGGCCUGUUCAAGGGCAACGCGACCGGGUACGAGCACCCGGGGGUUAACUCGAACCUCUUGAAGAUGGUGCCCGGCGAGGGCCAGCCCGGCGGUCACCAGAUCCUGCCGUUCCUCCCGCACAUGCCGAAUUUCACCCAGACGAUCGCCCAGUCGGCCUCGGUGAACACCACCGUUAGUAUGUCUAGACUGAACCCCAGGGCCCCCGAUUUCUCGAGUUCUCUGCACCUGAACAACAAACCGCAGGUGACGAUGUUCAAUACCGGCACCGGGAUCCACCCGAACAUGUUCGCGACGGUCCCCGCCCCCCCGGCCUCCGUGAUUCAGUCGAACAACCUGGCCAUGCUGGGCAACUUCCCCAUGGGGAAGUACCAGGGCGCGCCCUCGAGGGCGGCGGCCAACCCCAGCGUCUCCACCAACGGCCAGACCCGGUGGCCCUUCGCUGGCCCUCCCCACAACAGCUACCCUCCGCACCAGGACCCCAUGAUGGGCCAGAUCGGGUUCUCCAAUCACCUGGCCAACAUCACCGGCCAGCCCGGCAACAUCGACCUUAUCACCAGCCUCGAGAACGGCGGCUCCCCCGCCAUGUCCCCCUCCUCGCCCGCCCAGGUCGCCCAGGAGAUGAACCAGCUUAAGAUCGAGGAUCGCAAGGUUCCCAGGCCCAUCGGCACCGAGCGCGCCUGGAAGAACUACGCCGCGGGCAUGGGACCCGGGGGCGACGCCGACUCCAUUAACUGGAUGCUCGGCAACGAGAAACUCGUCGGUUCCUGGACCAGCCUUGCUCCCGGCAUGGACAGGCACCACGUGUUCCGCUCUAACGCCGCCACCUCCUACAGCCGCGUCUCCAACGCCGACGCCGAGCUCCACCAGAUGAUGGAGUCCACCUUCCAGGGCCACUUGGACAAUCAGCAACCGUUCCCGAACGGUAACACCGCGGCGUUGUCCUUGAUGCCAGGAUUAACCCUUUUACCCGGACAAUUCGGAGCGGCAGGACUACAGGAAAUGCCGCCGAACGAAUCCGCCAAGAUCGAGCCACCUGCCUGGGGGAUGCCCGACCCUGUCCAAGACAAGCAACAUCCGGGAUGGAACAAGUGGGCCCACUAGAGGGCGACGAAGAGAACUCGUCGGACGGAGCCACCCUCUCCUGUAAUCCGGACACGAGACGACAGACCUGGAAGACACGAGUAGUAGUAGAUGGAACUCUGGCAUACGAAGCGUUGUUUCUAGACACUACGUAAAUUACAUUACUAUCCUAUAUUCAUUGAACACGCAGACCCAUAUUACUUGUCAUGCUAGGUGAUAAGACGGUAAAUCCUUACUACAAUUUAUUGCUAUUAUCUAAUAUACUUAUUCGAUACCAAUAAUUAAUGAAUAUGGUGCGUGUGGACUAACGCAGGCCGAGGAGAGAGCGAGCGAGGUUGGGCGGAGGGGGGGAGGAGAUCCACGGAAUCCACGGAGGUGUUUAGAGGGGGUUAAGGCGAUUGCGGGAGACACGAGAAAGAAGAAAAGGAAAAAAAGAAUCCAUAGAUGGACAUGGGGAAAAGGAAACGGGCAGAAAGAAAGAGAGAUAAUGGGGGGAGAGAGAGAGAGCAAGUAGUCGAGCGCUUUGCGGCCGGCAAUUCGCGCCGAGCCGAUUCUUGGCCCCUGGUAGUUGCAUGCUCUGUAUCGUGCUAAUUGAUAAUCGAUAUGCUGAUGAUGGUGACUGUGUCAUUCUGCCAUUGGUAUGGUCUACCUAUCUGUCUAACUUAAUAACCUAUGAUACUUGCCAGACUUGUCACAAUAAAUUCAGAUAUCCAUUACUGUCGCCUUUGGCUUAUCUAGCGGCUUAGCCGUGGUCCCCGAUUCUCGGGUGUUCUUGUCGUCGUCCUCGGUUUUUCGUAUUGCCCUCCCGAUUUCUUUUCGACCAUGGCACCCUCGGCCGAGAGAGGAGGGGCACCUUUGCAAGCGCGAUUAUGCACGACUUAACCUGGAACCAUUGCGAAUAUACGAUGAUUGUUGUAAAUAACUGACUCGUGGUUUGGUGUACACCCCAUUUUUAUGCUUCCACGCGACCAGGAAAGAGAGGGGGAGGGAAAGUACCUCCUCGAACCUGCGAUAACCCGCGACUCUUUCGAUUGCCUUCGACGUUAAACUCUUUCGAAUGGUUCUCGAGUGGCGCUUUCUGCGAGUAUUAUAAUCGUUAUUUGGUAAUAAAGGCCUCGAAAAUGUUAACCGACCUGAUCGAGGUCUUUGCCAGAGAGACCCUGGGUCCACAAAGAACUCGCCGGCUUCGUUAACGUUUUGGAAGGUCGUUUACACCGUAUGAACCGCGACGACGGGAAUGAAGGGGAGAAAUCGAAUUCGUCUUCCUCUCUUUUCGCGAAUCGGCGCGAUUGUCUGACGGAAGGAGAGAGAGAAAAGGGAGCCCUUGUUCGCUCUCUUUCCUUUUCGCCGCAUUUAGUAGCGUCAAGGGAACGUUUGAGUUUACAGGGUCCGUAUCAAGGACGCGGAGUACGUCCGGCUCUAUAUAUCCUGCGUCAGUAAAUCCGUGAUUAAUUACAUAUAUAAAAAAUACAAAAACUAGAGGGGAGUCGUUUUAUCUCGUGGGGGUUUAUGUAUAAUAAUUUCGUGGCGAGUUUGGCGGGAAACUUAUCGAAACUGUGGAAAAAAACGGGUCCGUCGUGACUGUCUCUCCGGGGAGGGUGGGAGUGUACUUGGCGCGGCACUCUGCCGGUGCGCGCGCACAUUCCGGACCUUUUCAGAUGUAUCCUUCCUGUGGGGGAGGACUUAUUCUCUUUCCCGAUUAAUCCUCGCAUCGUGGCUUCGCGGUUUCAGAGGACUCGUGCCGGCUAUCUUGCGCUCCAGUAACGAGCUAAUUGCGGGCCCUAAUUGCGAGAGAGACCACCUUGGAGAGAGAAGCUGCCAGGACCUCUGGAAGGAGCGGGGAAAUUGUCAGAGAUUAACAAAGAUUAACGAGGAUUAACCAAGAUUAACAGCCAUUAACGAGGAUUAACUCAGCCGCGGUGCCCGCGACGCGGCCUGCGAGCCGAUGGGAGCCGCUCUAUGCGCUGUUCUUGGCGCGAGACUCUGCCGAGUCUUCGGGUGGAGGAACCUGAGACACGCUUCGAGACGUUCUAGGAGUGGCCAUUCUCACCCACGACCGAGUCAAGGAUAGGAAGCAGCCGGGAAGGACGACUAGAGCGGAAAACGCGAUGCCUGUCGCAGGAAAAGAAACACCGGCGGCAGGGUCGGUGAUCUUGGCGCGAAACUCUAGCGACUGUCCGGCAAGAGGCAACUCGGUCUCGACCUGGGGCUAGAUACACGUAAGGGAGGAAGAAACGGGAUAAAGUAAACGCGCCUCUUCUCCGUGCUCUCUUCGCGCCGUGCAUUAGCGAUCUUGGCGCGAGACUCAGGCGAGGUUUCUUUUCAUAAACUAGGCGACGGAGAACCCUCGGGAACGGCCAGGUUCCCGAGGACUUCCUUCGAACCCUGCGGGGACUUCCGAUUAUGAACAAUUUACCCGAUCACGACGCCUCGCCGUUGCGUUCGCGUAUAGUGACGCGGACGGCGAGAGGAAACUCACGGAUGUCGAUUUGUAGUUGGCGCGACGUAGCGGGCCGACACUCGUACAUAUACAUAAAUAUAUAUAUACCCGUGCAUCCCUAGCGACAGUACUAUUGUAAUACUAUUAUUGCUAUGGUGGUAAUACUGUUUAUUAUAUUAUAUAUUAUGGUUAUUAUAGCUACACACCCACACAGGAGUAACAGAUGCGCGCGACGGAGAGGACGGUAUAUAUAUAAGGAGGGAGGAAUAUCCGUCGGCACUUACAGGUACAUGCUACACCUCGAUACGCGAUAUACAUAUAUAUAGAUAAGUAAAUAUAUAUAUAUGUAUAUGAUCAGUUCGAUGGAGACACGUGGGAGUACUCUGUGCUCGGUAUUUCAGUGUCAGCUGAGGGAGCAUCGAUCGCCCCUCGAAUUAUUCUCUACCGUAUAUGAUAAUGUUACAUUAUUUAAAGCCUAUUUUCAAAUUUGAUUUAUCAUUGCUGCGAUAUGUGGUAUAUGAAACUAUAUUAUAUGACGUAUAACAAUGAAGCAAAUAAAUGAAGUAUUCACGA